GCGGCAGAGCCGCACCGGAGCCAUUUUGCGCCGCCGCCGCCUCCCCGCUCUGCCUCCCGGGGAAAAUCCAUCGCCGCGUCUUGUGGCUGCGCCGCUCGGCGCUGCACUGCGGGGCCGCCGCCACUCGCAUGCUGCCGCCCGCCGCGCUCCCACGCGUGGGGCACCGGCCCGGGCCGAGCCGUGCCCAACCGUGCCCGAAAAAACUGCGGGGGGGCCGCCGGGGAAGCCGCCGGGCACCGGCCCCGGCCCCGCUCCCGGUCCCGGCCGGAGGAUGUAGGCACCGGACCCUGGUGCCCCCGGGACACCCUGCGCGGAGGAGCCAGCGGCCGGGCCAUGAGGACAGCAUCCCCCUGAGCGCCGGGCGGUGAGCCCGCAGGGAAAACCCUGCAGGAUGCCGAGGCUACGGGGCGGGUGCUGACACCAUGAAGGGCUACCAUGGGGAGCGUAGCCAGGCACAGCACUCCACCGGCCACCGCUGCCGCUGCAUCCCAGAGGACUGCGAGCAUCCCGCGGACUACGUCGCGCACGGCCCCGAGGGUCGGCAGCCGUACCUCCUCAGCCCCAGCGAGCCCUGUUCCCUGGAGCAUCCUUUCUGCCCGGCGCGGAGCCCCGGAGCGACCGGCGAGUGCCCGGGCGGUGCCUUGAGCGAGCCGCCCUCCGGCAGCGCCAGCAGCACCUUCCCGAGGAUGCACCACGCGCAGCAGCAGCCCUACGACUCCUGCGACGAAUGCAUGGCGACCGCCCACCCCGCCGGCAAAAUCAACCGCCUGCCGCCCACGCUGCUGGACCAGUUCGAGAAGCAGCUGCCGCUGCACCACGACGGCUUCCACACCCUGCAGUACCCGCGGGCCGGCGGCGCCGAGCCGCGCAGCGAGAGCCCCAGCCGCAUCCGUCACCUCGUCCACUCCGUCCAGAAGCUCUUCGCCAAGUCGCACUCCCUGGAGGCGCCGGCCAAGCGGGAUUACAACGGCACCAAGAUGGACGGCCGCGGGGACGGCUACCACCACCACCACCACCACCACCACCACCACCACCACCACCAGUCCCGCCACGGGAAGCGCAGCAAGAGCAAGGACCGCAAGGUGGACUCCCGGCACCGGUCCAAGAUGAUGGGCUGGUGGAGCUCCGACGACAAUUUGGACAGCGACAGCAGCUACAUGGUGUCUGGCCGGCACGCCGUGGACCAGGGCACCCAGUACUGCGUGGACGCUCCCGAAAGUGCCUUCAGAGACUUGACCUUGAAGAGUCUAAAGAGCGGUGGGGAAGGAAAAUGCCUGGCCUGCGCCGGCAUGUCCAUGUCUCUGGAUGGCCAGACGCUCAAGAGGAGUGCCUGGCACACCAUGACUGUCAGCCAAGCCCGCGAAGCCUACCCCAGCGCCGGCGGCCAGGAGAAAACCUUGAUGCUUCAGGAGGCAAAGGCCAAAGACAGAGCCUACCAGUACCUGCAGGUGCCGCAGGAUGAGUGGAGCGGGUACCCAGCGGUGGGCAAGGACGGGGAGAUCCCCUGCCGGAGGAUGCGCAGCGGCAGCUACAUCAAGGCCAUGGGCGACGAGGACAGCGCCGACUCGGACGCCAGUGCCAAAAUACCGCCCCGGGCGGCCACGCGGCGGGACAGCUACCGCCGCUCCUCCAGCGCCGACCAGGCCAGGAGCAACUGCGGCACGCCACCUCGAAUGCUCCCUCGGGGACAGGGCUACGGGCGCUCCUUCACCACCGGCCAGAUCAACGACGAGCUCAACCACCAGUUCGAGGCCGUGUGCGAGUCCGUUUUCGGCGAGGUGGAGUCGCAGGCGGUGGAGGCGCUGGAUCUGCCCGGCUGCUUCCGCAUGCGGAGCCACAGCUACCUGCGGGCCAUCCAGGCGGGCUGCUCCCAGGACGACGACUGCCUCUCGCUCUUCUCCAUGUCGGCCCCCCCGGGGCCGCCCAUCACCAGCAGCAUCCUGAAGCCCAGCACCUCUUUCAGUUACAGAAAAGCUCCACCUCCCAUCCCUCCAGGAACCAAAGCCAAGCCCCUCAUCUCCGUCACGGCGCAGAGCAGCACCGAAUCUGCCCACGAGAGCUACCUGCCCGGCGAGGUCGCCCGCAGCCCCGCCUGGUCCAAAGACGCCGCGGCUCGCUGCAACUCGGCCGAGAGCCUGGAGAGCUCCAAGGUGACGGCCGUGUCCCUCGACCUGCCGCCCGUCCAGCCCCGCGCCGCCCCCAAGCCCUCCACGCUCAUCAUCAAGGCCAUCCCCGGCCGGGAGGAGCUGCGGAGCUUGGCUCGGCAGAGGAAGUGGCGUCCCUCCAUCGGCGUCCAGGUUGAGGCCAUCUCCGACUCGGACACGGAGAGCCGGAGCCAGAGGGAGUUCCACUCCAUCGGGGUGCAGGUGGAGGAAGACAAAAGGCGAGCCCGUUUCAAGCGCUCCAACAGCGUGACGGCGGGCGUGCAGGCGGACCUGGAGCUGGAGGGUUUCGCCGGCCUGGCCGUGGCCACCGAGGACAAAGCCCUGCAGUUUGGGCGCCCCUUCCAGCGGCACUCCUCGGAGCCCGAAUCCGGCCGGCAGUAUGCGGUGUACAAGACAGUGCACACGCAGGGCCAGUGGGCGUACCGGGAGGACUACCAGAUGCAGUACGACGCGGUGGAGGUGCCCCGCCGCGACGCCUGGGUGGAGCGGGGCUCCCGCAGCCUCCCCGACUCCGGCCGUGCCUCCCCGUGCCACCGCGACGGCGAGUGGUUCAUCAAACUGCUGCAGGCAGAGGUGGAGAAGAUGGAGGGCUGGUGCCAGCAGAUGGAGCGGGAGGCUGAGGACUACGACCUGCCGGAGGAGAUCCUGGAGAAGAUCCGGAGCGCUGUGGGCAGCGCCCAGCUCCUCAUGUCCCAGAAGGUGCAGCAGUUUUACCGACUCUGCCAGCAGAACAUGGAUCCCAAUGCCUUCCCAGUGCCCACCUUCCAAGACCUGGCUGGCUUCUGGGACCUGCUGCAGCUCUCCAUCGAGGAUGUCAGCAUGAAGUUUGCAGAGCUCCAGCAGCUCAAGGCCAACGGGUGGAAGAUCAUCGAGCCCAAGGAGGAGAAGAAGGUGCCUCCCCCGAUACCAAAGAAGCCGCCGCGCUCCAAGGUGCACCCGGUGAAGGAGCGCUCGCUGGACUCGGUGGACCGGCAGCGGCAGGAGGCUCGCAAGCGGCUCCUGGCAGCCAAACGCGCCGCCUCCUUCCGCCAAAAUUCGGCCACCGAGAGCGCGGACAGCAUCGAGAUCUACAUCCCCGAGGCGCAGACCCGGCUGUGACAGGGGGGAGCCUCGGCUUUUCUACCCGGACUGGACGGCGCGUCCAUCGCUCACUGUGAUCGGGGGCCGCGGGGACACCCUGGGGGCAGCGCUUGGCCCACUCACAGCUUCUCUCUUUUUCUAUCCUAGACGUUUCAUGGAUCCGACGGUGAAUGAACACCAACCCGGUUCGGCCCCAUCCCGUAGCCCCCCACCCUCCCACCCUGCCCGCAUGCCCCUGCCCGCCUCUGCCAGGGUCCAGGGCUCUUCCUUCCCCCCUGCCCUUUUUGGGGCCGUGUCUCAGCUCUUCUGUCCCUCGGCCCCCCUCAGUCCCUGUCCCGUCCGAAGGAGAGGUGACCCCAGCCUGCCAGCCCUGCUGGGUGGGAGGGGAGGGGGCUGCAGGCAGGCCCCCCCCCAGCCUCUCUGUAACUCAGUGCAAUCCCGCGGCCGUGGGGACGGCCCCCCCCCGAGCCCCCCAGCCCCGUGCCCAGCCGGAGCCCCCGCUCCACUCCCCGUGGGGAACCCAGGGGUCCCUGCCCUAUACACGUAUAUAAAUAUAACCUAAGGAAUAAAACAAAAACUACACACGACCAGAGCUGUGUCCUGGCGGGCGGGACAUGACCAGAGCAGCAGAACUCCCCCCCCCCGCCAGCCCCGCUCCCCUUGCACCGAGCAUCAGCACCGGCGUCCUGCCCUAUUCCCCUGUCUGUCCGUCCAUCUGUCUGCCCACACGUUUGGGAGCACCUCGGGGACAGGGCAGACGGCUCCCCCUCAGCUCCCUGACCUGAUGCAGGGCAGUGCUGAGCGAGGUGGCAGUGUCAGGGAGACUUCCCCACACUCACAUAGGACCCCCCAUGGUGCCGUGCAGUGCCCUGGUUUGGGGACACCACAGCGGGCACGCCGGGCACUGAGCUGCCAGCUGGGGCUGGCCUCGGUGUCCCCCGCACACGGGGACAGGGCUGUCGGUGUGGGGCCGAUGGAAAUUCCCUGCAGGGUGCCCCCCUUCUCCCCAAGCUGCUGGUGCUCCGCUGGGGAUGGGACACCUCGAAUGGGGUUAUCAUGUCCCCGGUGCCCCAUGGGGACGGGGGACAUCCCGGGGUACAGCCCUCAUGCUCCAGCUCUGUUUUCUCCGUGCGCAGAGCCGGGAGAUCCCCGAGGGCAGCUUCCCGGGGGGGAAUUCAGGGAUGCUGCUGCAUCUGUCCCCAUCCCUGGGCACGUUCGUGGUGUCCCCACCCCGAGCACAGCCCGCAGAGGGCAGGGACGUGGUGUAUCCAUGCUGCCAGCCCUCGGAGAGCAGCUGCCAAGGGGCACGGCCCCCGCUGCCCGCUCCCAAAGCCCCUGCCCCAAAAGGACGCCUGCCUGCACUGUGACCCCUUCAAGGGCUGCCCCUCCCCGAGCCCCCUUCUCCCCUUCUGGUGGACGCCACCCACUGCCAGCACCCUGCCCGCAAGCUCCCAAGGGUGCCGGGCACCUCCCCAAACCCGUGGCCAGCUUCGGCCUGGGGCAACCCCACAGGAUUUUGAGGUGGGGUAAGGGCUCAGCUUGUGCCCCCCACCCUGCAGUGAGGUGGGGUGUGGGUGGCUCGGAGGCAGGGCGCUGCUUUUGGGGGGGCUGCUUUGUACCCUGGGGGGAAGACGGUGCUAAAGCCCCGGGUGUCACUUACUGGGGGGGGGGGACAGGGGACACAGAAGCCACAUUAAGGGCAGGUAGAAGCCAGGCUGCAGCUUGCAAGGGACACGCUGGUGACAAAAAGGGGGGGGGUCUACCCCGGGACGGAGCCCCCCUCAACCCUCCACGCCGUAGCUUUUAGCGAUGUGCCUGCAAAGGGACGCCCCCGAGCCCCCCCGAGCCUCCCCCCGGCCCUGCCAGCACUGUACAGUGACCGUGACACGUGGCUCCGUUUUUAUUGUAAGAAAACCGCCGGAAUUAAUAAAAAACCACUUUGGUUACUCCGGGGCCAGCGGCCACCUUCCCCGCGGGGAUGUGGCUGGUGCCCGGCUCGCCUUUA